UCUCACCCAAACAGCCUCCCACCUCGCAUACACCCACCCUGACUAAACGAUUGGUCAACCAUUUGCCAACAGAAAGAAUAGGAUGGCCACUUCAUUACCGGAACUGGUACGAAGAGAGUCAAGUGCUGAGGACAUCUUGCAAGGAGACAUACUCUGUCGAAUCUUCAGGUACCUAGAAUGGAGAGAGAUUGUGAAAGUGCGGCUCGUGGGACCAGCAUGGAAGGUGGUAUCCACCGCCACAAGCACAGAAGAAGAAGUCUACAUUGACAAUGGCACCACACUGCAGGGGGUAGCAGAGUGUCUACCCAAUUUACAAUCUAUGCGACUGGAUCAGAAUACCGCCAGUACGGGCCUGCCAGUGGGCAACUCGACACGCCUAGCCUUGCUACCCCGUUUUGUCAAGCUCCAGCAUUUCAAGUGUCUCCAUCAUGUCAAUGCUCUGGAAUGGCUGGAAUUCCGAGACUCCAUUUCCUGCUGGCAACAUCUACAGACACUCAAUCUACAUGGCUGUGAAGAACUGUACUGGGAACUCUCAGAUAUUGCACACUUGCCACAUCUGCAUGACGUACGCUGUAUCAACAAUCGCUACGUGACGGGCUCUGUCCAAGAUUUACUCACCAUGACAACCCAAGAAGAUGGCAGCAGCAGCAGUACCGUUAGUAGUCCAUUGUUUCACAACUUGACCAUUCUCGAUAUAUCCGGUUGUUCGCAAGUGACGGGGACACUCCGCGAAUUUGCAGCAUUGCCCCAAUUGAAAUGGUUGGGCAUUGCCCGGACGCGCAUUACGGGAGAUUUGCGAUGCGACAUCCAACCAGGCAGUUUCGUCUCCAUUGAAGGCAUGGGAUUGGACAAUGACAAGGUCUACGGUGCCGCACGGAUCGAUCGGGUCGGAGACGCGGCAGCCGUCAUGCGAGCUCGCAUUCGUCUUAUAAAACAAUCCACUUGGGAAUCGCCGCUGUAUCCGCUAUUGGUCCACUUGUCACCCGACGCGAGUGAGUAUCACGAACGAUUGGAACAACGAUUGUACAGCAGCGAACGCGAUCCACCGUUUAGUCUCGAGACAGUGGUGGUGGGGCAUCGUCGUGGGUGGCGAUGGAGCAAUUAUUUGGGAGGAUUUUGUGACACGCAUUGGUUGGACCCUGAACCCAAAGAGGAUUGUACUUUGUAUCAAGCUGAGUUUGCGGAAUUCCAAAAGCAGCAAGAAGCUUCCAUGUUUUCUGGAUUCUUGGACCCGCCGACUCCUAACGAGUAUCGGGCCCUGUGUAGGGAUCGAUUGUAGAAGUACUAGUAGUGUCGACACACUUGUACCGUAUCUUAUGAAUGACCAGCUGGCAUGAAUGUAGCUUAGUUGAAAAGAGCUUUUUGAUUCCUUUAUCUAUUAUCUAAUGUGUGUAUUGUACCUAUAACUAAGAAAUCCUCAUUCAUGCUGCAUUGUUGCUACCCAAAGAUGA